CAUUCCAGCGUCCAGUGUGGCCGGGGUGGGGACAGGGCCCCGCGGUGGACGCUGCGGGCAGGUUCUGCCAGGCGUGUGCAGAUUCUACAGCCCGUGCCGUCGAAACUCGGAGUCAGGGGCUAUACUGGGUGCCACAGGAGAGCCCUCAGUGGUGUCCAUGGCUGGCCAGGACCCCACUCUGAGCACCAGUCACCCAUUCUAUGAUGUGGCCAGACACAGCAUCCUGCAGGUGGCAGGGGAUGACCACCUGGGAAGACGAAUCAUCACAUUCAGCUGCUGCCGGAUGCCGCCCUCACACCAGCUCAACCACCAGCGGCUGUUGGAGUAUCUGAAGUUCACACUGGACCAGUGUGUGGAGAACGACUAUACCAUUGUCUAUUUCCACUACGGCCUGAGCAGCCAGAACAAGCCGUCCCUGGGCUGGCUCCAGAAUGCCUACAAGGAGUUUGACCGGAAGUACAAGAAGAACCUGAAGAUGCUCUAUGUCGUGCACCCCACCAGCUUCAUCAAAGUGCUGUGGAAUAUCUUCAAACCCCUCAUCAGUCACAAGUUUGGGAAAAAAGUGACCUACUGCAGCUACCUGAGUGAGCUCCGGGAACACCUCCAGUGUGACCAGCUGCUCGUCCCUGUGGAGGUCGUGCGGUAUGAUGAGAAAUUGCAGAACCUGCACAAAGGCCAGCUGCCCCCUCCCACCAAGACUCCACCGCCGAGGCCACCUCUGCCCACACAGCAGUUUGGUGUCAGUCUGCAAUACCUCAAAGACAAAAACCAAGGUGAACUCAUACCCCCUGUGCUUCGGUCCACAGUGACGUACCUGAGAGAGAACGGGCUGCACACAGAGGGCCUGUUCCGGAGAUCAGCGAACGCCCAGACCGUCCGGCAGGUGCAGAGGCUGUUCGAUCAAGGGAAGCCCGUGAGCUUUGCCGACUACGGGGACAUGCACCUGCCAGCCGUGAUCUUGAAGACCUUCCUUCGGGAGCUGCCCCAGCCGCUGCUGACCUUCCAGGCCUAUGAGCAGAUUCUCGAGAUCACUACCCCGAGCCAGCUCAGCCAGCAGCCUUGUGCCACUGCAGAUGUGGAGAGCAGCCUGCGAGUGACCCGCUGUCGCCAAAUCGUGCAGAGUCUCCCGAAGCACAACUACGCAGUCCUCCGCUACCUCGUGGGCUUCCUGCAUGUGGUGUCCCAGGAGAGCAUUUUUAACAAGAUGAACAGCUCCAACCUGGCCUGUGUGUUUGGACUGAACUUGAUCUGGCCAUCCCAGGGGACAGCCUCCCUGAGUGCCCUGGUGCCUCUGAACCUGUUCACGGAGCUGCUGAUAGAAUACUAUGAGAAAGUCUUCAGCACCCAGGAGAACACUGGGGAGCACACCCCAGACUCUGUGUGGACAGAACAGGCUGUUCCCGUCACCAGAGCGUGUGAGGGGAUAGGCACGCCCCAGGCCUCACCACACCUGUCCAGCCUCCAUGUCCCAUGACUAGCUGGAGACACCUCUCAUAUUGGAGGUGUCUUGAAAUCUGUGCGUCUGCGUUCCCCAUUUCUUUUAUAAACUUAUCCUCUGUAAGAAGAACUAGAAAUUAAAUAAAUGCAGAACUUUUUU